AUGCAAAUCAAAGCUCGUCAGAAGGCCUUUUCUCGUGGUGAUAAGUCAAGAUACAAACAACUAUGCGAGAAAGUGGCAAAUCUUAUAGCUAAAGCUAAAGCCACCUACUAUCGGUCCAAGGCCUCAGAAUUUCGUACCUCGAAUCAAUCGAAGUGGUAUAACUGUAUCUACUCUUUAGUAAAUGCCGAAAACACAACCCACACCCAAUUUCCACACAGGCCCGAAAACCUAGACUUAUCCGACUUGGCUGAAAAACUUCAGAAAGCCUUCACUAAACCAUGGUCGGACCGUUACACGAAUGUCGCCUUUGAAAUACCUGAAGUGAACCACCCACAUAAGAAUAACAAACCACCCCUUCCUUCUAUUGGCCAAGUUAAAGCGGUCUUAAAACAUCUUAAUCCAAGAAAAGCAACUGGCAUCGAUAAGGUUCCUGCAUGGAUGCUCAAACAAUACCACGAAGACCUAGCUCCUGUGGUUUAUGACAUUGUGUGCUGUAGUAUAAGUCAAUGUUGUUAUCCAUCACUCUACAAACAUGCCCUAAUUUUUCCUGUUCCUAAAGUGCACCCGCCGAGAGACAUUAACAAUGAUUUCCGCCAGAUAUCAGUCUUACCCCAUCUUGCCAAGAUCCUGGAAAAGAUCCAGCUCCAGUUAAAUAUUGAAGACCUGAAAAUUAAGAAUAACCAGCACGCGUUUACUCAACAUCGAAGCGCAGUCUCUGCGUUAAUAUCAACUACCCAAACCUGGUUUAAUGCCACUGAUUGUUCAAAAACAGGCAAAAUGGGGUUCAUGCGGCCUUCAUUGACUUUCGUAAGGCCUUCGACCUUGUGGAUCACAAUAUUCUUUUGA